GAACGCGAUCAACGUGUGAGUUCGAGCGACUCUCGUCAACAAUGCGGAUAAAUGUUGGAUCAUUUGUUUCGUAUUGUAACACUUUAAAUAAUCAGUUAAGUACCAGAGUAAUUUUUAAGUGAUGUCCGUGUCAAAUGAAAGUUAUAGUUUUAUCAAGGAAAAAGAAAUCGAGGAUCCUCUUGAACGCAUGUUGAAGAAAACUGGUUGCAUAGAGUUACAUUAUCAAGUGCAAGAGUGUUUUGCUGAAACACAAGACUGGAGAAAGUGCCAAACAGAAAUAAAGGAGUUUAAAAAGUGCAUGGAAGUAUAUCGCAAGAAACAAGAAGAAAGUUACAAGUCUUGAAAUGUUAUUUUUUGAAAGGGUGGCUCUCAAAAUGGUACUGCUUGUCCGUACUGAUUUACAAAUGAGCCAAGGAAAAAUAGCUGCUCAAUGUUCUCAUGCAACGUUGGAAUGUUAUUUAAGG